CCCACAGAAGAGACACAGGCUCACACCCCUCAGGGCACUCUGCCACUCCCUUCAAGGAGGGAGACAGGGAGGGCGGGAGAGAGGGACCAGCUCGGGCUCUACUGUUCAGAGCAGCAAAGGAACUGACUGACGGAGACUUGGCUGCUCCUGCGGGCGUGAAGAGGAGGAAAAGCCAGAAAGGCACCAGCAGCAACCAACAAAUAACCAAGGUGGAGGAACAGGGAGAGUGAGCGAGAGAGAGAGCGCGACAGAAAGAUGCUAAGCCCCCUCCAGAAAUGUGGCUCCGAAGGCUGCCUCCUAGACUGUGAUUUUCUCCCCUGGCACAGAAGCACCCUCCGCAGGCAGCACCAGAGCUGCGAGGAGCCAGAGGCGGGGGGCAACCAUGAGGGGCAGAGGCAGGAGAAGCCACGCCCCCCAAGCAUCCGCCUAGAGGCUGCAGAGGUGGCCAGCUGCCUCCAGCUUCCCCUUCAAGACCCCGGAGGGGUGUGGCGAUCCCGUAGCGAGGGGCGUCUGGACCAAAAGGGGGCACCAUGUCAAGAGGAAACUGAGGUGGGGAACAAAACAGGAAGUGGGUGGAGUUUGCCAUCCCCCAAGUCUUUGAGGAAAGAGCGACGUCUGAGAGGGAGAGUUGCGGCAGCAAAACAGCACUUGAGGAAUCUCUUUGGAGGCUCAAACAAAUCUCUGGCAUCUAGUGUGGAAUCAGACCUGGGAUCAGAAGGUGACAGCAGCCAACAGACACAACAGAGGCAAAAACGCCGGCGGAAGAGAAAUAAAAGAAACUUUCUAAGGUUAUGGAGCUCAGGGAGUCAGGAUAUCCAAUCCUUAAGGCCUACUCCUGAGGAGGCCCAAGAAUGGGCUGAAUCUCUGGAAAAACUACUGCUUCAUCCAUAUGGACGGUCUGCCUUUCGCGCUUUCUUGGAGUCAGAGUUCAGUGAAGAGAACUUGGACUUUUGGUUGGCAUGUGAAGAAUAUCGGAAGCUCCGGGGUUGCGACAAACUCCAAGACUGUGCCAGAAAGAUUUAUGACCAAUACAUCACUAUCCAGGCCCCCAAAGAGGUGAACCUCGAUUCCCAGACCAGAGAUGUCACCAAUCGGAACAUUUUGCUCCCCACCCGCUCUUGCUUCGAACAGGCUCAGAGGCGUAUCUUCGGUCUGAUGGAGAAGGACUCUUACCCCAGAUUCCUCCGUUCCCUGGUUUACUUAGCCUUGGCACAACUCGACGGACACCACCAGCCCAAUGGGCCCAUGUAAACCUGCCCGUAUUUGCCCUUCAUUCUAUUUGGGGGGCUACACUCAAAGAGGAAAAACCAUAGAUAAAGAACUUCUUCACCCUGGACUUCCUUUGCUGGCCUGUUUAGAUGGUGCACAGCUAAAAACAUAGAAGAGAUGGACUGUUCUGGUUCUGUGAGGCUAACAACCUAUGCUGGAGAGAUUGUGGACUUGCCACGCACACACAAAUGUUUUUGUGGAGAAAAUAGUUCAUGGAAAGUUGAGGCUUUGCUCAUUUGGCAGGGCCAGAACAUUUUGUGGAUUGAUGCAAAAAAUAAAUAAAUAGAAUGAUAGAAUCGC